AUGUCCACGGAACCACUCUCAGUCACCAUUCAAGCACAUGUGCUGACGAAGGUGACCACUUGCUUACCAUCCGAACCACCAGCUCGUCCAACGCUGCCAUCGCAUCUGGAGAAAUUGAAUCUAGCAGAUCCGCAAUUUCUCGUCUCCAGACCGGUGGACAUUAUUCUCGGAGCCGACGCAUACAGGACCUCUCUUCAGGUGACGGUCAGUAACACCGAUUGCCAGUUGGGUGAGUUACUCAGCCGCUUCUGGACGCAGGAAGAGCCACCACAGGACACGGCACCCUUGCUCACACAAGAAGAGCAAGAGUGCGAAGAUCAUUUCCAGACCACGCAUUCGCGAGACUCCUCUGGAAGAUACAUCGUGCGAUUGCCGCUCAAGCUUCAUCCACGAGCACUUGGCAAUUCAUACCAGACGGCGCACCAUUGUCUUCAGAGGAUACUCCGAAGAUUCAGCAAGGACGCUCAGUACAAACAGCUGUACACCAAGUUCAUGCUCGAAAAUGAGCAGCUUGGUCACAUGGUAAGACUGAACAAUGACUCAAUAAUCAGUCCGUUUCAGUACUUUCUUCCGCACCAUGGCGUUCUCAAGUUGGGCAGCACGACCACCGCCUUGCGAGUGGUGUUCAAUGGCUCCAGCCCAACUUCUUCAGGACACGCAUUAAAUGAUCUUCUCCACACCGGUCCGAACCUUAUGCUGAACAUCGCAGAUCUGCUCAUCUGGAUACGCAGAUUCAAACAUCUGUUUGCAACCGACAUCACGAAGAUGUAUCGCCAAAUCAAGGUGCAUCCGGAGGACUGGAGCUUGCAGCAGAUACUCUGGCUUGAUGAAACUCAACAGGAAACGCAGUACCAGCUGACCACGGUCACGUACGGAACGAAAGCUGCACCGUACCUAGCCGUGAGAACGCUCUUGCAACUCGCUGACGAUGAAGGGUGGAAAUAUCCCCUUGCCGUCGAACCCAUCAAAAAUGGCAGGUACGUCGAUGACAUUUUUGGUGGCGCAGAUACCGCAGACCAUCUACAGGAUGUUGCAAGUCAGCUGACGCAACUUUGCCAAGCGGGUGGAUUUCCGUUGGCAAAAUGGCACUCUACCAGCAAGUCGUUGCUUGAAGCCCUCGCAGAUAAUCAGAACAACGCAUCAAUUUCGUUUGACGACUGCGAAACCAAGAUUCUCGGAAUCAAAUGGACACCGCAUGAAGACGCAUUCAAUUUCGCAACCAUAUCAGCUACUCAACGCACGCAGUUCACGAAACGCCUCGUCCUCUCAGAAGUAGCACAACUAUUUGAUCCUCUCGGUUUUGUUGCACCUGUAGUUAUUAGAGCCAAAAUUCUCAUUCAAGAGCUCUGGUUACAGGAACUCGGCUGGGACGACCUGCUGCCUCUUUCAAUUACAAAUCGCUGGCUCAGCAUCAGAGAAGAUUUAACGCGCCUGGCCAGGCUAUCCAUUCCACGAUGGUUCAACACAUUGACCACGUCAACAGUUGAGCUACAUGGUUUCUCAGAUGCUUCUGUCCUCGCAAUGGCAGCCGUCGUCUAUCUCGUUGUCCACGCACCGUCCACGGGUACCCACACUUCUCUCAUCUGCUCGAAAACGCGAGUGACACCACUCAAACGUCUGACCAUCCCGAGGUUGGAACUCACAGCAGCGCUGCUACUCUCGAAACUGAUGCGGCAUGUUCACGCUACUUUGAACAUGUCCGUUUCUCAGACAUUUAUGUGGACGGACUCAGAA